AGCAAAACCCUCUAAAAGCCCGAAUUCCCCCAUUUUCUCCCCUUGUAUCCCCUCAAACGACAGCGUUUCGGUAGCUGGACAAUCCUGUGGAGGACGGCCCUCCGCAGCGACGGUGGACCUCACCUUCGCCCUUCCGCCUUGUGGGUUUGACUGGCCGCCGGAAAAGCACCCGGUAGCUGACCAUGACUCCGCAUGGAUGUACCAUGCCUUCUGGAUGCACUUCAAUGAGUUCAAGGUUAUCUAAGCCCAUGCCAUGUAGCACUGUUUUUGCAUCAAUUUCUCGUUUGCCUGCAACAGAUGCAUUGUUAAGAAUCAGGAGUUCUUGGAUGCUAGAUCAGGAUUCAAAGUCCCAGCUAGUUAAAGGUUUGCCUCCCUUGCACCUUUCUGCUGCAUCGACCUCACUGUUAAGUGGGGAUUUGGGUGGUUUAUCUCAUACAGUGCCCUCAUUUCCUAGGCGUAGGAGCUCUAUUUUGGUGCCUCGUGCAUCAAAGGAUGUGCCAUACAGUUUCCGCUAUCCUCCAAUGACUAAGAAGCCUAAAUGGUGGUGGAGGAGUUUGGCGUGUCUCCCUUAUUUAAUGCCUCUCCAUGAAACAUGGAUGUAUGCAGAGACAGCAUAUCAUUUACACCACUUCUUGGAAGACUUUGAGUUUUUGACCUACCCAUUCCUUGGAGCCAUUGGGACAUUGCCAAGCUGGUUCUUGAUGGCAUAUUUCUUUGUUGCAUAUCUUGGAAUUGUAAGAAGAAAGGAAUGGCCUCACUUUUUCAGAUUUCAUGUGGUGAUGGGAAUGCUAUUGGAAAUUGCCCUACAGGUGAUAGGGACUGUUAGUCGGUGGAUGCCGCUCGCAGUCUACUGGGGUAAGCUGGGGAUGCACUUUUGGACAGCUGUGGCAUUUGCCUACCUAUUUACUGUUUUAGAGUGCAUACGGUGUGCUCUUGCUGGCAUGUAUUCUGACAUUCCUUUUGUCUGUGAUGCUGCAUACAUCCAGAUUCCAUAUGACUAAGGGUAGAAUGUAGUGAAAAAGUUUUGUAUUCAACUUUUGUUGGUUCUUUUGUGCGGGAAACUUUUUGAGUGGAAAGACAGAUUUCUUAUGUUGAAGGCUUGUUGAACUUGUUUAGUACAAGAUUUAUUAGUUCUGUUUAUGUCCGGCCCUGCUA